CCAAUCCUCGUAAUGCCGCAGCUGGCAGUUUACGCACUCUGGUUCCUCUCCAAAAUAGAAAUCUACAUUUUUUUGCUUAUCAAUUAUUUAAUAGCAAUUUGCCGUCCCAAUUGUCUUGUCUCCAAGAAUUAGAAAAAUUGGGGUUUGCGGUUAGUCCUGAUUAUCGUUUAUUCAGAAACAUUGAGGAAGUGGAAAAAUUUAUUCAGCAGCAAGAGAAAAAACGAGAAAGUUUGGAUUUUGAAAGUGAUGGGGUGGUGGUUAAGGUUAAUGAUUACAAGCAUUAUGAAAAAUUGGGACAGACCAGCCGUUUUCCCCGCUGGGCUAUAGCCUAUAAAUUUCCGGCUUCGUUGGCGGUCAGUCAAGUUCAAAAUAUUUAUGUGGAAGUAAGCCGCAACGGCCGCAUAACUUAUGUGGCCGAAAUAAUUCCGGUAAUUUUACAAGGCAGUAAAAUUAGCAAAGUAACACUCCACAAUUAUGCUUUUAUCGCUAAUUUAGAGUUAAAUAUCGAUAUUAAGGGCAUCAGCACGAAAAAUAUUCAAAAACUUUAUGAGAAUAAUUUAUUGAACCAGCCGGCUGAUUUUUACCGUCUUUAUCAAAAGGAAAGACAAUUGUUAAAAUUAGAGGGAUUUCGGAAAAAGAAGAAUUCCAAAAAAAGGCCUCUGGAUAAUUUAUUAACGGCAUUGGGAAUCCCACUUCUCAGUUCGGUCAAAGCCCAAAAAUUAACUAAGUUUUAUCCGAAUUUAACCAAGAAAUUUCGGGAGAUUUUGGGAGAAGAGACCCAAAAAGAAUUAAAAAAGUAUCUUUCAGAACCCAAAAAUCUCUCUUUGUUAGAAGAAAUGAAAUUAAUUAAUGAAGUAAACAAUUCUCCUCUUUCAUAA